AUGUCCUCCUCAGACAGCCUCCUGAAAAUCGCAAACCAAGUUCGCGCACAUGCUUUGAAAACAUUCAGCGUGACUGCCCACCCUGACGAGGUCCUCCAAAUCCCCUCACGAGAAGAAGGGCGGUUCAUUCGAAUUCACGCCUACAACACGCUCCACAGGAGUACCCCAGCCCCCGUUCUCGUCAACUUCCACGGAAGCGGCUUCGUGAACCCUUUACACGGGAGUGACGAUGAGUUUUGCAAAUUCAUCGCCAAGAAAACCGGAUUCGCGGUGUUAGACUGCGCCUAUCGGCUAGCACCGGAGAAUAAAUUCCCAGCUGCAGUCCACGACGCCGAAGAUGCGGUGCAAUGGAUUCUUUCGCAGCCAGAAAAGUUCGAUGCAUCCCAGCUAUCAACUUCUGGAUUUAGUGCUGGAGGAAUUUUGUCUCUAGUUCUUAGCUCGGUGGUCUUUCCACAUGGGACAUUCAAAAAUGUCCUCGCCGCAUAUCCUCCAACAGAUGCGGCCCAAAGUGCCGUAGAGAAGAUUGCACCUGAUAUGUCGAGGGAUCUUGCCCCUGUCGAGCUGCUGGAUACAUUUAUCCAAUGCUAUUUUUCAGCACCCGAGGAAGCGAGGAACGUGCUUGCUUCACCGGCGUUUAUACCGGCUGAAAUGUUCUCCGAUAGGACUUUUCUUGCUACUGCAGCUUGUGAUCGGCUCUGCCUUGAGGGAGAGGCGCUUGGGAAUAAGAUCAAAGGUGCGAACAAACAUGUUGAGAUGCAUCGGUACGAUGGUUGUGAACAUGCGUUCGACAAAGCGUACGAGAAAGGCUCUGUCCAGGAACGAGCGAAGGAUGACCUCUACAAAAGGAUGGCCUUGUUCCUAACGGAAUGA